UCUUUAUUUGGCGGCAGCGGCAUCUCCAAACUUUUAGACUCAGAACAGCGGAGAUCUCAGCAGCCCAAACCAUGACAAGAGGCAGUUGUCAGCAAAAACGAUCUGAAAACGUGUCAACACAGAAAGCUAAAGCUGUGAAGAGUAAUAAGAAAAAGUGCCAGCCUUCUUUAAACCCGCAGUAUGAAAAGAGUGCAGUGAUUCUUGAAGGCGCUGAUGCUCCUUGUGUCCAUGUUUCGUCUCCAAAGAAACAGAAUAAUGUUGCAGAGUCGAACCUUGUAGAGAUUUCUUCCACACAUUCACCGGCACAAACCCCUCCGUCCAAUCAUCUAUGGGGUCCCUGUAACGUUUGGGCGGAGACGACUGGUCAUAAAAAGAGCAAAUAUUUCCAGCUCAAACAUCCCAGAAUCCAACCCAACACAAGGUCCAUUCUGAUCGACUGGCUAAUGGAGGUGAGUGAGGCGUACACUCUCCACAGACAGACCUUUUAUUUGGCUCAGGAUUAUUUCGACCGCUUCAUGUUGACACAGAAAAACAUCGAGAAGGGCCUUGUGCAGCUCAUCGGGGUCACCUGCCUCUUCAUUGCCGCAAAGAUGGAGGAAGCCUGCCCUCCUAAACUCUCUGAAAUGGCUUAUGUCACUGCUCAAACCUACUACGAAGAUGAGAUUCUUGAAAUGGAGAUGCUCAUUUUGAAGGCCUUGAAGUGGAAUCUCUUCCCGGAAACCGCUGUGUCGUGGCUUCAACUUUAUUUCCAAAUGGUUUCUAUGAACCCAAACUCUGAUCUGAUGAAGCCACAGUUCCCUCAGGACACAUAUGUGCAGAUGACCAAGCUUUUAGAUUUGUGCAUCAUUGACAUAAAAUCAAUGGACUUUGAGUACAGAGUUCUAGCUGCUUCUGUUUUAAGUAAUUUUGUCCAGCAAUCCACUGUGGAAAAAGUUUCAGGUUUAUCCAAAGAUGUUCUUCAGCCCUGUUUGAACUGGAUGGCCCCUUUUAUGAAGGCCGCUCAACUCUUUGGUAAAGUUCCACUGAAGGACUUUAAAAAUGUCAAGUCAGAGGACAGACACAACAUCCAAACACACACAGACUAUCUGAGCAUGCAGCUUAUCGCCUGUAAAGACCAAUGAAAAGAAUGUAUUAACUCUUCCAAAUAGCUGAGAAAAUGCACUGAAAACAAACAAAAAAUGUAUCAUGGGAAGACUGAUGCUCAACAAGGAAGCACCUGUCACACCUUUUUAUUUUGAUCAAACACUUUUUCCUGCUUUAGUAAAAAUGCAUUUGUAUGUUAAAUGUGCAGUGUUAAUAUCAAAUGUUAUUAGUUUCAGGAUGAUUUGAAUAGUAGUUUUAAAUAAUUGUACUAAUGUAUAAAGAUUGUUUUUCUCCUAGAUGUAUGUGCAUAGUCUUAAAAUAAUACCCUGAGUUAUCUGAUUAUAGGGGCCUAAUAGCUUUUUUAAAAUGAAACAAUGUACUGCUGUAUUUAUAAAAUGUUUAUUUUCUAACUAAAAAUACUAAAUAAAUGUACAUCCCCACCC